ACCAACAGCAUUCAAAAUUUCAACGGCGCUUAUGAUCCUUGAUAUCUUUUCUAUUCAGAAUAAAUAUGUUUAGGGAAUGUCCCUUUUCUUUCCCCGCGCUGACACCUUUCUCAUCAGACUCCCCUCGAUCUCUAGAAUCCUCCGCCAGGACGAAGCGUCUGCUUGAAACAAUCCAACAAGGCUCCUCUGCAACGUGACCUCCCCAUUGCUUGACUUCUAGCGGGGUGCAUUUUGCAUUGAUCUGCAUUUGUUUAUUCGAGCGUUACGUUCUACUUUUCGCGAAUUUGCUUUCUAUUUCUUUAUCUAUUCAAAGGCUGCUAUUUAAUAAGCCACUUGAUUGGGAUGUCGACCCCAACACCUUCCACGCCUAAGGGGCCCCGAAAUACGAAGAAACACUCUAAAAGAAUUGCCACCCCUAUUUCUCAUUCGAAUACCCUCACGAACGGCCUGUCAUCUGUGGUAGGAAAGGGAACCCCUCCCUACUUCAGUCCAUCCGCCCAACACAACGAUUCGAACUCUGCAUACGACUCUUCAAAUACUCUAUCGGAAGGUGGAUCACGAAGCAAGAAAGCACGGCCAACGAAAAAACAUUGGGAUCCAUCGAAACCGUCAAAUGGCAGCGGGAAUACCGGUCAUCGACACACAUCCUCGCAACCCUCAGUGAAGUCUCCGUUGGCACUUCGGGGCAGUCCACACUAUGCCGGGCCGACAUUUCAUGCCUCCCCCGCGCCAUCUGCCUUGCCGGUACCCUCCUUUGUAUCGAAAUCCGUUCCUGAGGCUGAUUCGCCCCUCCAAACUCAAAAAGUCCAUGACUCUGACGAUGGAGACUCUUCGCCCACACAAGCCAGAACACUUCCUUUGCUUCAAGAAGAAGAUAAAAAUACGUCUUCGCCUCUUGAGUUCCUUUUCAGGGCUGCUCGGGAAGCGAAUAACGUAAACGGCACAAAGGAACGUGGUCGCACGUCCGGAUCCACAACUCCACUACAAGAAGAUGUCAAAAAAUUUGAAAUACCUCAAGAAUCCGAGCCCGUCUCGGGUGCAGUUUUCCCUCUUGAGAUGGAUGCUUCUGAGAGUAGAGUUAAAACCCCCGACAGCAAAAUGAUGGCGAUCGGUCCGUCCUUUGCUCCUUCCUACAGAGAACGGAUUAAUGCUCUUCGAUCUGCGAGUUCUCCAUCGAGUCCAGCGGAUACUACUACAUUAAACGAAGAAGAAAGAAAAGCGAAGGCAGAAGCGUUGAAAAAUUUGCUCUUAAACCCUACCCCUCAACGUUCUGCCUCGUCGUCGCUCGGACCUCGCCAUAAUUCUGGUCUUUUUAGCCCACAAUCCACCACUGCAAGGCCAAACCACUGCCGUAUAUCACAGCAACCAUCUAGCAUGACAACUCCUGUGUCAUCCGAACAGAACACGGCCAAGGUAAAUGCUGGUGAUAAAAGCAGCAGCAUUCCUUACCAAUACUUGACCUCCGUUUGCAAUGGAGCCCACAAGUUCCCAAACCCAUCCUCUAAUACUCAAAAAGAGAUGUUUCCUGUCAAUCAACACAACCCUACCUUCCAAAUGUCACGAAAUCAUCCUGCCCACACUUACUCUGGGCAUUCGACCUUCCAUGGAAAUUAUGUUUCGCCUACCCCCAACCGGACCGUGCCUUCACUAGUCUCCGGGGGGCAGCCUGCUCAAGGGGUUUCUACGCGGUUAGAUCCGCUGGAAACGAAGAGAAUGGAAGAUGACCUCCGACGCAUUUUGAAGCUUAAUGUCAACGACACACAUAAUGUUAAAGGCAUGAGACAGACCAUGGCGUGA